GGGAGGUGUCACAAGCCAAGUCCCGCGGAACAUCCUGCGAACGCGUCUGAGACUCGGAACAAAACUCCGGCUCCUUGUUGGAGGAGCACCGACACUUCGCCGCCCCGCGGCUCGAUGCUCCAGGCGGACCUUGUGUGCUUAUGUUCAGACGCGCGGCGGUGGGACAUCCGGAAUGGGGGAUCCGUAGGAGGAGACGUCGACGCGUGCUGCCUGUGCCUUUGGUAAAUAGAGCGCGGUGCCAACGUGCAAAGCGCACGAGAUGGACUUGAAGAGGACCAAAUUUGGAAGGUUCAUGAACUGCAGGGUCCCGGCCAGUAUGAGAUACCAGCCCACUGAGUACGAACACGCUGCAAACUGUGCCACGCAUGGGUUGUGGAUCCUUCCCAGCCUGGUGGGCGGGUCUGUGCUCUACUUCCUGUCUGUGGACCAAUGGCAUUGUGUGGCUGCCUGGCUCUAUGGGAGUGGUCUCACCGGCCUGUUUGUCACCUCAACACUCUUCCACACCGCCGCCUGGAAAAUCAGCCACCUCCGGAAGGUGGAGCAGCGUUUCCACAUGUGCGACAGAAUGGCCAUCUACUUCUUCAUAGCCGCCUCCUACUCUCCCUGGUUGAUGCUGAGGGAGCUGGGCCCCUGGACGUGCCACAUGCGCUGGCUGAUCUGGGUCAUGGCCGUUGUCGGAUCCAUGUACGUCUUCUUCUUCCACGAGAGGUACAAGCUGGUUGAGUUUUUUGGAUAUGUGGCCAUGGGGGUGUUUCCUGCUCUGGUCAUCCUGUCUAUGGUGGAGCGUGCAGGCGUGUCUGAACUGGCGCUGGGGGGGGUCUGCUAUGUGGUGGGCGCGGUCUUCUUUAAGAGCGACGGCGUCGUCCCUUUCGCCCACGCCAUCUGGCAUCUUUUCGUGGCAGCAGGAGCAAGCGUUCAUUAUUACGCCAUCUGGAGGUACCUGUACUUACCUGGGCCGCCGCUGCAGACAUCAAGGUGACUAGCCGCUCUCACCUGAGGUUGCUCGCCACGGGACUGACAGAGAAAAGUCAGUAAGUCACCAGACUGUGUUUUGAAAACAAACAAGCUGACCCUUGAGGCUACACUUGGAUGGCUUGUGCGGACCUAUUCUGACCGACAGAUGCAGAUCAAAUGAAAUUUUCCACUGUUGGUGCCAAAACUCUGGGACCAAACACUCUUACUGUCAAACUAAAAGUAAUUUCAACAUGCUGAUUGUAGAGCAGACUGAUGCAAAAACAUUCCGGCUGACGGGAGCAAACAUACACUUCAGUUAAAAGAAUAGUUAGACAAUGUGCUCAUUGACACAGAAAACAAGAGCCCAAAAGAUGUUGAACUAUCCCUUUAAUCAAACAUCUCAGUAACCGAUCUACUGAACCAGCCUGGGCUAGUUGACUCCACCCUCUCUAAAUUCCUAUCACCUACCAAAAAGGCAUUCCUUUACAAUGGUGCCAACUCAGACUUUUUAAAAUUUUUGUCCAUUUUGCACAGCGGCCAAGUAUUAAAAUGAAGAGUUGUUACUACAUACGGCACCUUUGAGAAAACCAGUGUCAUAAAAAUAAUGAUUUCAUUUUGUAAGUUAUCAGCCAUUGAAUAGUUUGAACAGCCACAAUGCAUUUUGUGUUGUGUCUAAUAACACAGUUGAGCUGCUGUUCUUCCAGAUCAAGGUUGAGGAUACGUUGUCAAUUUGUGUUGUGAUUUGUCUUGAAUCUGUCAAAAAUCUAUUUUCAUAAUUUACUCUAAUUUUAUUUGAAAGAUGAAAACAUUAAUUUAAAGCUAGUGUAACACUGUUUUUGAGUCACAUGGUAAAUUCAGUGUUCCGAGAUAUGCACUCAUACCCAUGAGCACUUUUCAAUCAGCAACAAUAGAAUUUCCUCUGAAUAUGACAGAAUUGAUUACACCAAUAUUGUCCAAAUUUGUAUACUUCUUCCCCUGUAAAGUUCACAUUGGCAGGUUAUUCCCAACCCCCAGUAGUUAAACUCAGGAAGUGAGCUUUUUUUCUUUAUUUUUUUGAUAAAUCAAAGAUGAUCUAUUUUUUUAAUUGUAUUUUCACUGAAUUAAAGAACAGAGACUGUA